CCACCGAGCGUCCCUUCUACCGCCAUGUCCACGCCUGGUUCUGUUCCCAUGUUGAACUCCCCAGUACCCCUGCUCCGCCCCGCCAUUCCUGGUGGCAGAUCCGGCGGCGCCGCCCGAACACCCAGACUUGGUCUCGCGAUUCCUCCUUCACCAAAUGCGAAGCCGGUCGGCGGGAUGGCGCCCCAGCCUAUAAACUCGCGACCUCCCCUCCCAACCCUGCACCUGGCCACUCCGAUGGGCAGCCAAACAACGCCCUACGAGCAACCCCCAAGACAUAUAGGCGUGGGACAGUCGGCAAGCGGUGGCAGCGAAAGCAGCGCGGCUCAUUCGAGAUCGGGAAGCUUUGGUCCUCUGGACGGGCGAGCUAGCAACCCCACAUCAGCUGGCUCUCAAUACUCGGCGUUGUCGUUUGCUUCCCAAUAUGGCUUCCCAGCGAGGCCCCAGGGAACCCCAGACCCAUCGUCCGCUGUCGGGUCUAUUUACUCUGAGCGUAGCGAAGGCGGAGUUGGCAUGGAGCGAGACAACAGCAUGCAAGGGCUUGAGGCUUUCGAUAAGCUGUCAUUGGAGCGGGGCAGAACCCUGGAUGUGGAGGAGCUUGACUCUGACGGGUGGAGGGUUGCGAGCAUGGAAAACCGGAUCGAAGAGCUCGGCAGCCUCGGCGAAGGUGCCGGUGGAGCCGUCACCAAGGCCAAGUUGAAGGGUGGAAAGACCACCUUCGCCCUCAAGGUCAUCACCACAAACCCCGAUCCCGACGUCAAGAAGCAGAUUGUGCGUGAACUAGGAUUCAACAAGGAGUGUGCCUCAGAACACAUCUGCCGUUACUAUGGCGCCUUUGAGGACUCGACGACGGGCACUAUCUCCAUCGCGAUGGAAUUUUGCGAGGGGGGUUCCCUGGACAGCAUCUACAAAGAGGUCAAGAAGCUUGGCGGCCGUACGGGCGAGAAGGUCCUCGGCAAGAUCUCGGAGGGCGUUCUUCGCGGAUUGACGUACCUGCACGGCAUGCGCAUCAUUCAUCGAGAUAUCAAGCCGUCCAACAUUCUGCUUUGCAGGAAUGGAGACGUGAAGCUUUGUGACUUUGGUGUUUCCGGAGACUUUGGCACCAAGGGAGAAGCAAACACCUUUAUCGGCACCAGCUACUACAUGGCCCCUGAGCGCAUUACCGGUCAAUCCUACACCAUCACUUCCGACGUCUGGUCUACGGGCGUCACUCUGCUGGAGGUAGCGCAACAUCGCUUUCCCUUCCCUGCCGAUGGCACCGAAAUGCAACCACGGGCCGGGCUGAUCGAUCUCCUCACCUACAUUGUGCGGCAACCGAUACCGAAGCUCAAGGAUGAGCCUGAUGCCAACAUCUUCUGGAGUGAUAACUUUAAAUAUUUUAUCGAGUGCUGGUAA